AUGUUUGGAAGCCAAACACCGGCAGGUCAAGGAGGUUUUACUGCACCUGCACCAAGAUCAGGUGACAGUAGUAUUAAACUGAAAGUCAUCGGCCCGGAUUCGAGCGAAAUAGAUUUUCGGGUAAACUAUGAAACUCCAAUGGGGCAGCUUAUGAAAAAUUAUGCUACUCGAAACGGAGUUUCGGUAGAUACAAUUCGUUUCCUUUUUGACGGUCUUCAUAUACGGGACGAACAUACGCCUAGAAGUUUAGGGCUGAGGGAGGAUGAUGUUAUCGAAGUGUUUGAAGAAAUGGUGGGAGGAGAGCUCAUUAAAUAA